AUGGAACAAUAUUCUUAUGAAAUACUGUCAACUUAUGGAGAAGGCACUUUCGGCGUUGUGUACAAAGCAAGACAAAAGCCAUCAAAAAAAUUAGUAGCAAUAAAAAAAAGUAUCGAAGUUAGAUACGAAAGACCAGUUCAUGAAAGAGUUGAAAACGAGUGUCGUGUUUUGGAUAUAUUAAAACAUGAAAAU